AUUUCCCAUUCCCUCCAACUGCUCAGGUGCGGAAGGGGGUGGCGGGUGGAUCGGCGUUCCUUCGUGCUCGCUGACAGCUGGAGGACAGACAGUGCGGGGAACCGAAGGUGCCGGUUGUCGGCGGAGCCGAUGCGCGUCCGUGCUGCGUCCAGGCGCGCCGCCUCCUCGGAGCCAAACAAGCUGGGAAAGGGAUUUAAAUAAAAAGGCGUGCAGGGGUCUGAUGGCGAUAUAAGGAGACAAGUGGACUAACGAAGAGGAGCCUUUUUACUCCAGCUGUCAGACCGAUACAGGUCAGCGAGCGUUGACUGCAAACACCACCUGUUAUUUCACAAGGAAAAUGGUGGAUAAUCUGUGAUCACCACAAUAUGCUUUAAUAGAGACAUCAUGUUACUCCACGUCUGGACACUGACGUUGUGUCUUGGCACUUUCCCUGCCAUGUCCCCAACUGGGGCGCAGGUGACGAGGUCCUCAUCCUCACCGCAGGCAGAUUCCGGCAGCCAUGGAGGAUCUUCAGACAUGCAGAGGGACAGCUCGUUUUGGUCCAUCUGGGCACCGCCCGAGGAAGUGAUGGAGACCAAGACUUCCUCCUACUUCUCCCUGCCUGUUACUUUCCCCUUUGGUCUGUGGAGCUCCCAGACGCGAUCUGAAGAUGCAGAUAAAUCUACGGAGAAUCCCGAAGCACAGACCUCCACUCCUGCACCCAGUGAUGCAGGCUCAUCCUUUGCAUCGGCAACAGACACGUCAUGGAAUAUGUUAAUUACAACCCUGGACACAGUCACAGCAGGCCCGACUGGAGAUGUGAAACCAACAGCAUCCGUCUUCUCCUACAACACACUUCAGAGUAGUUCCUGGCCAAAGAAGAGUUUAAAUAGUGAAAAUUUUCCCUCCCAAACAUCAACUCGAGUACAAACGCAACCUGUCAAAAACAGUACUUCACAUGUGUCUCUCUCUGAAGAAACAGGAACCACGGAGCCUCUUGAUGCGAUAGCUACUUCAUCUGGCCUAGAUACAGCAAUAGCUACUGACCAGGAUGCCAAGAGAGCUCCAGGGACAGGAUCAAAAAUAAGCAUCAGAUUGUCGGGUGAUGGAGCGAACGUACCGGAAGAUCGGACAGAAGCAGGACCCUCCUCGGGGAGUCAAAAGCCUGAAAACGCAACAAGGCCAACGCCAACGCAGCGGGCAAGACCCGGCACACCUGCUAACGCCACCCCCAGGGAGGCGCAGGAGGAGGAGAAGCGGAGGAUCCAGUGGACGGCCACGGUCACCUCCGUCACCACUCUGUCUCUGCCGGAUUCAGGUGGGUAUUACAAAGAACAAACGAGAUAA